UGCUCAAGGCGCCCCUCUGUCACUGGGACCGGGCGCGGGUGUUCCGGGUGGCCCCUGCUCCGCCCCGCACAGUCACCCCCUGCCAACACACCUGCCUCGGCUUCCCUUUCCGCAGGCGGGGCAGCGGGCCAGCGCCGGUCACAGCUGCGGGACGCACGGCCACGGCCAGGCGCAGAGGCGCGUCCGGCUCCCGCCGAGCGUCCCUCUCUGGCGCCAGCAGCUGAGCGGCCACAGGCCCCCGCCGGCAUGGAGGCGGCCAACGACAGCGCCCAGGGCGGCUUCGUCCUCUUGGGCUUCUCCGACCGGCCCCGUCUGGAGAGGAGCCUCUUCGUGGUCAUCCUCGCGGCCUAUCUGCUCACGCUGCUGGGCAACACCACCAUCAUCCUGCUGUGCCGGCUCGACGCCCAGCUGCGCACCCCCAUGUACUUCUUCCUCACGCACCUCUCCUUCCUGGACCUCUGCUUCACCACCAGCUCCAUCCCGCAGCUGCUGUACAACCUCGGCGGCCGGGACAAGACCAUCAGCUACGCGGGCUGCGCCGUCCAGCUCUGCCUGUUCCUGGGGCUGGGCGGCGCGGAGUGCCUGCUGCUGGCGGUCAUGGCCUACGACAGGUUCGUCGCGGUCUGCAAGCCCCUGCACUACAUGGUCAUCAUGAGCCCCCGGCUCUGCACGGUCUUGGUGUCCGUGGCCUGGGGCUGUGGCAUGGCCAACUCCAUUGUCAUGUCCCCGGUCACCCUAUAUGUGCCCCGCUGUGGUCACAACAGAGUGAACCACUUCCUGUGUGAGGUGCCGGCCCUCAUCAGGAUAGCCUGUGUGGACACCACGGCCCUGGAGGCCACAGUCUUUGUCCUUGGUAUCAUCAUCGUGCUGACGCCCCUGGCGCUGAUCCUGGCCUCCUACGGCUGCAUCGUGAGGGCCGUGCUGCGGAUCCGCUCGGCCUCGCGGGUUCGGAAGGUCUUCAACACCUGUGGCUCCCACCUGGCCGUCGUGUCUCUCUUCUACGGAAACAUCAUCUACAUGUACAUGCAGCCAGGAAACAGCUCCUCCCAGGACCAGGGCAAGUUCCUCACCCUCUUCUACAGCUCCGUCUCCCCGCUCUUGAACCCCCUGAUCUACACGCUCAGGAACAAAGACGUCAAGGGGGCCCUGAGGAGGCUGCUGCUGCGUGACAAAGAGGGGGGCAAGGGGUGAGGCCGCGGGGAGCGGGGUGUCCGGCCUGGGUGUGCUCCCUCGGGACGCCAUGGCGCCUGGGCUCGCGCCACGUGAGGACCUGAGCUCCCGGGUCCGCAUCUGCUGCUAACCCACCAAGGGGUGUGCUGACCGCUACGUUCGCCCGAACACAGGUGGCUCAGAGCCGCGAGAGAAUGAAGCAGGAGCUUGGGGUCUGGAGUCCCAGUAUGUUUAUUAGGACUGCCCACGGGUCUGUUCUUGCAGGGAAAAAC